AUGGUCCGAGUUAGCGCAGCAAGACCCUUUCAUAAUACAGGAGUCGAUUAUUGUGGCCCCUUCUAUACCCGGGACCGUAUUAGACGUAACAGUAAGAAAUAUAAAACCUACGUGGCAGUCUUUAUAUGCAUGUCGGUAAAGGCAGUACACAUUGAAUUAGUGGAGGAUUUGAGCGCAGAUUCCUUCAUCGCAGCAACAAAGAGAUUCAUAGCUCGGCGAGGAAAAGUUGCGAACCUAUACUCCGACAAUGGAAUUAAUUUCGUCGGAGCAGAACACGAAUUACGGCAAGUGUUCGAGACUAACGAAUUUAAGAAUUCCGUCCAAGAGUAUGCAGCUUCCGAACAAAUAAAGUGGCAUUUUAUACCUGCUCGAUCCCCUCAUUUUGGGGGACUUUGGGAAUCGGCGGUGCGGUUAUUAAAGUUACAUUUGAAACGAACUAUAGGGGACGCCUGUUUGACGGUAACGGAGCUGAUGACGAUAUUAAUUCAAGUAGAAGCAAUGAUAAACUCCAGACCUCUGACUCCUUUAUCGGACGAUUCGAACGACCUAAAUGCCUUAACUCCUGGCCACUUCCUAAUAGGAGAGUGUCUACAAAGCCACCCGGAGGUGAAUCUGGAAGAAAUUCCGGUAAACAGAUUGUCAAGAUGGCAACACGUACAACAACUCAAACAACGAUUUUGGAUUAGGUGGCAGAAAGAAUACCUAAGCACAUGUCAGCAGAGAACUAAGUGA